AAUUUUGGAAUUUUGACGACUCCGCUUAUCUCUUGACGACACAAACCAAAAGCUCGCGGGUCCGAGUGCGCUCUAUAGUCCAACAAGAUGCCAGCUGGUGGCAAGCUCUAUGAGACGGAGAGCGGACAACUCUUCCAUGCCGGUAAAAUCGCCAUUUGCCUCGUUGGCUUGCCUGCACGCGGCAAAACACACCUCUCCGUCUCGUUAUGUCGGUAUCUCUCUUGGCUAGGUCUGUCAUGCAAAGCCUUUCAUCUAGGUGAUUAUCGGCGGAAAUGGCUACAAGGCGAAGAAGCCCCUGAUGAUUACUUCUUCUUCGAAGAUCAUGCAGACAUCAAAGACUCGACGCGCUCUCUACGUUCAAAAGUCGCUGCAGAUUGUAUGAAGGAUAUGUUGACGUUCCUUGACAAGACGAAAUCAAAUGGACAGAUUGUUAUCUAUGAUGCCAUCAACGCCUCGCUUGCCAUUCGAAGGCAAGUCAUGCAAGACUUUAAGGAAAACAACAUCCAGUGUCUCUUCAUUGAGAGCGUCUGCUGGGAUGAAAAGAUCAUUCAGGAUAACGUACGCGACGUCAAACUCUCCUCACCCGAUUAUGCCGGUUGGGACCGACAAAAAGCAGUUGAACAUUACCUCCGUCGCAUCCAAAUGAAAAUCCCAGUCUACCAAGAAAUGACGCGAGAAAAGGAGGAAGACUUGUCGUAUGUCAAACUCAUCAACAUCAAUGAACGAAUGAUUGUCAAUAAAGGAACCUCUGUCGGUGGUAAAGGCGGCGCUGGUGGCAAUUUCGGAUAUGUCGGUUCACGCAUCGUCUUCUUCCUUAUGAAUUUGCAUGUCAAACCACGAACGUUGUAUUUUGCUCGUGCAGGCAAGUCUGCCGAUCGCUCUUACAAGUCUGACGCACCACUUGCUCCAGAAGGUCAUGUAUAUGCCAAGAAGCUAGCAGACACAUUGAUGCAGCGUCGACGCGAACUACGCCGGCAAGCAAAAGAAGAAGGUGGGAGUAAUGCGAGUAGCGUCAAUGGUGACGUAACGCCAACACAGAGCGGUACUGCUACGCCUAUUGAACAACAGCAUCGGAGUCUAUCUGUGUGGGUGUCGCCGAGGCAGAGGACUGUGGAUACAGCAGAGUACUUGGCUGCUGCUGGUUGUGUGGUUCGCAGGCGACCACAAUUGCAAGCCAUCAACCCUGGUGUCUAUGAUACGCUGACAUUGGAUCAAAUACGAGAGAGAUAUCCGGGUGAAGCUGAAAAACACGAAGCUGAUCCUUUUGCACAUCGUUUCCCACGCGCAGAAAGCUAUCAUGAUGUGGCCAUCCGACUGGAGCCUGUCAUUGUUGAGAUUGAACGUGAAGAGAAUGAUUUGAUUGUUAUUGCUCACGAGUCGGUGCUCAGGGUGCUGUAUGGUUACUUCAUGGGCCUUGAAUCGAGUCAGAUACCUGAACUGUCGAUGCCGCGCAAUACAUUGUUUGAGGUCCGGCCGAGCAGCUACAAUUGCUUGCAGCAGCUUAUCCCCAUUCCCGGCGUCGAGCCUGAGGACUAGAAGGGUCUUCGAGUUGUUACACUAGCGUUGCCUCUUCCCAUCUGUAUCAAUACUACUGCGGCAUUUUACCUAAGGCAGGCAUUCCUUGUUGUCUCGUGACCAUUCAAGACAGAUCUGUGGAGAUCUCCCCUUCCUCGCUGAACAGCUCGCAUUCUGCCCUUCGCCACAACUUCUUGGCAACUUGACAUCCUCUGAUCUCAAAACAUUGUGCUGCCACAUGGCAACAAUGAUACGACCCCUGAAAAAUAUUUUCUGGUCUGAAAAGCUCUCACCUCAAGGGUCGCAAAUGUGACUUUCGGGCCAGAGCAAGCUUGCACAUGCCUUUGCUCAGCAAGGAGAUGUCAUUAUACGGAUAUGGAGUCAGUGGAGGGAUCGUAAGUCAUUGCGAUACUCAGUGAUUUGCUGGCUUGCGUCUUGAAGCCGAGAUGCUCGAGCAAAUACAACAUUACCGAUCACACGGGAUGCCACGCUACCGAGCUCCA